ACAGCCCAACCCUGACCAACAACAUGAAGUCCGCAGUCGGACUGGCAGCGUCGGCGAGUGGCUUUAUCUGACAGCCCCUGGCACUCACCGGGCUGGGAAAGGGGGCCGCAGCCUCUCUUGUGGCGCAGCGGGGAUGGAAAAGAAGGAGGUGGCGAAGAAACUAGUAAUCCAGUCUGCCAACAUGUGCUAAUAUAUAGUGAAUUAGCCAACUUGAUAAUAGGAAGCUGGAAGGAUUGUUUUGUAAUUACAGAUGAUGUGACCAGAACAAAUUGUAGCUGUUGCACAUUCCCCCCACUUGCAAUCAGCUUUUUAACUUCCCUUUUGGGAAGAGGACAACACUGACAAAACUGCAUUUAUUAUCUGUCAUUGAUUGUUCUAAGAAGUUGAUGGAUCUUCUCCUCAAACUACUGCAAUCCUUGAGAAGCUUAGGAUACCCAACUUUCAGCAGAGGUAGAGCCAUUUAUACCCCAGAAGAAGGGUACUGACAUACUUGUUCCUAUGGCUCUUCCUAAUGAUGGAAAUGGUAGUGGUGUUGAAGCUCCUCCUAUACCUAGCUACUUGAUAACCUGUUACCCCUUUGUACAAGAAAACCAAGCUAAUAGGCAGUUGCCUGUUUACAACGGUGAUAUUCGGUGGCAGCAAGCGAAUCCAAACUCGACAGGGCCAUACCUUGCCUAUCCCAUAUUGCCAACUCCACAGCCUCCUGUUUCUACAGAUUAUGCAUAUUACCAGCUCAUGCCAGCACCAUGCACACCAAUGGUGGGCUUUUAUUCUCCUUUUCCUGCACCAUACACUGCAUCCUUCCAGCCACCCAAUGUGGUGAAUGCAGUGUCGGGUGAGUGUAGUGAAAGACCUGCUCCUGCUGGACAAGCUUGCCAAGCUGCAGCUCAGAGAAGCAAAAACAACAGAGGUCCAGUGCCGAAGGUCUUGAGAACCAGCAAGCCUCUGGUAAGAAGUGUAGCUGUUCAAAAGGAAAGCAAUGCCUCAGGUCCUGAAAAUAGAUCAAAGAUUGUAUUGCUGGUGGAUGCCAGUCAGCAAACCGACUUUCCUGGGGAUGUAGCCAAUAAAUCACUCUCUGAGAGGGCCAGUCCCUUGCUAUGGAAAUCAAAAGUCAGGAGAAGAAGAGCAUCUCACCCUGCUGCUGAAUCUUCAAGUGAACAAGGAGCUAGUGAAGCUGACAUUGACAGUGAUAGUGGCUACUGCAGUCCCAAGCACAGUCACAGUCUGACCACAUCAGCUACUACAAGGAGUACAGAAUGCAAAGUAGAUGAUUUAACGGGGAUCACAGGAGGCCCCAGCUGGGCAAAUGUAGCUUCCCAAGUACCACAGAGAUUUGGGAUGGACAGGAUCCAGACAUUUUCUUGUGGUCGAAGUGGCAGACCAGCAAAUCUACGAAACUCGCAGGAUAAUUCCAGAGGGAAGGUGCAGAGUUUGUCUUCACCGAGAAUGCCAAGCCAGCAAAAGAGUCGUGAUUGGACUGCCGGACAGUCGCCUGAAACGCAACAAUUUGUCAAUGGGCGGAUGACUGGAGAUGAUCAAAAGUCUGAUUCUUUAUGUUUUGAGGAUGACAGUGAGUUUCCAGAAUUAAUUAUUGGAGUUGGGGUUUCUAAGAGCAAAGCCCAUGAUAAUGCACAGAAUAAAAAUCCUUCCAUUUGUCAACUUACUAAAAAACAACUGGGGCUGGGUGAUCUGCCAGAAACUUCUCCAAUAAAUAUAGUGCAGACACCUAUUCCAAUAACUACAGCUAUUCCAAAACGUGCUAAAAGUCAAAGGAAAAAAGCAUUGGCUGCAGCUCUGGCUACUGCUCAGGAAUACUCAGAGAUUAGCAUGGAGCAGAAAAAACUCCAGGAGGCUCUGAAUAAGGCAGCAGGGAGGAAGAGCAAAGCCCCUGUACAACUGGACCUUGGUGAUAUGUUAGCUGCACUAGAGAAACAACAACAAGCCAUGAAAGCAAAGCAACUGACUAACACAAAACCUCUAUCAUACUCUGUUGGUACAACUACUCUUUUUUCUGUCAAAGACUGUGGGAGCAUGAAAACUUUACAUAAAAAUCAGCAGUUUAUUGGAUUUCAUAAUCCAUUGGACUCUGGUGCCCCAAGGAUGAAGAGAGGAAAGGAAAGGGAAAUUCCAAAAGCAAAACGUCCAACUGCACUUAAAAAGAUUAUUCUGAAGGAAAGAGAAGAAAAGAAAAAUAGAUUUUCAAUAGAACCAACAGUUGUAGGAUCAGAGGAACAAGGUGAUGUACAGCUGAGUUUUCCAGAGGAGCAGACUAUAACUCAAGAAGUGGUUUCUCAGGAAGACAUUGGAUUGAGUGUUCCCAGUGAUACAUCUCUGUCUCCUGCAAGCCAGAAUUCUCCAUAUAGUAUGACGCCAGUUUCACAAGGGUCUCCAGUCAGCUCAGGAGUUGGCAGUCCAAUGGCUUCUUCAACAAUCACCAAGAUUCAUAGCAGGCGCUUUAGAGAAUACUGUAACCAAGUGCUUAGUAAAGAUAUUGAUGAAUGUGUGACACUGUUGUUGCAAGAGCUUGUUCGCUUUCAAGAGCGAAUUUACCAGAAAGAUCCAAUCAAAGCCAAAAUGAAGAGAAGGCUUGUCAUGGGUCUGCGUGAAGUGACCAAGCAUAUGAGAUUAAGAAAGAUUAAAUGUGUGAUCAUCUCUCCGAACUGUGAGAAAAUUCAGUCAAAAGGCGGACUAGAUGAAGCUUUGUACAAUGUGAUUGCCAUGGCUCGAGAGCAAGAAAUUCCUUUUGUUUUUGCUCUUGGACGUAAAGCUCUUGGUCGUUGUGUGAAUAAACUUGUCCCUGUAAGUGUUGUGGGAAUCUUCAACUACAGUGGUGCUGAGAGCUUGUUUAAUAAGCUGGUGGCAUUAACUGAGGAGGCCCGUAAGGCGUACCGUGAUAUGGUGACAGCUUUGGAACAAGAGCAAGCUGAGGAGGCCUUGAAGCACACCAGAAAGGUAUCGCACAUGGGCCAUUCUCGUAACCCUUCUGCAGCAAGCGCAAUUUCAUUCUGCAGCGUAAUAUCUGAACCCAUUUCCGAAGUGAAUGAAAAGGAAUAUGAAACAAACUGGCGAAAUAUGGUAGAGGCCACUGAUGCACCUGAAUGUUCUGAGAGUGAGAAACCCACACCAAGUGCGACCACUGUUCUGGAUAAGUCUUCAAGUUUGCCAGCAGUCAUAGGCAGUGCCAACAAACCAAUCUUGGGAAUAACCACUAGCUCUUCUGUGGGUCAGACAACCCAUGCUACAAAAUCCUCUGGUUCAGACAAAGAAGAAGGGAAAACUGACGAUAUGUUAGAAUGGGCCUCUCAGCAGAGCACUGAGACAGGAUCACUUGAUGGUAGCUGCAGGGAUGUUCUUAAUUCCUCCAUGAUAAGCACCACCAGCACUCUUGUACCAGAUAUGCUUGAGGAGGAAGAUGAUGAUGAGGAGGAGGAGGAGGAGGAAGAAGAAGAAGAUUAUGCCUCUGAACCUGUUGCCAUUGUGGUAACAUUUAGCAGCAGAAUUGAUGAUUGGGUAUCAGAAGCACAAAAAACACUGGAAACAUUACAGCUUGGCAAAAAUAUUGAUAAUACAGAGGAAGAUCACAACGGGCAAAGUGAUAUAGAAGAACUAGACACAGUGGGGCAGACAGACGCAACAACAGAGAGCGAAGGCUCUCAACAUGCAGAAUCAGAGAGCCAAAUCUAUGAAUAAUUAGAGAUCCUGGACCAGCAGCUCUUUUAUAGAACUAAAUUUAUUUUUGGGUAGACUCGUGGGAUUACGAAAAUCGUUUUGUCAAUUUUUGCAUUGAAACACAAGCAGCUGUUAAAAGCCUUGUGUCCCCAUUCAAGGUUACACUUUAUUUAGAACAGGUUAAAUAUCUCGUUUAGUAUAUAUUUUUCCAAGUUUGUAGUGUAAAAGCCAUAUGUACAAGCUGCAAAAUAAUUGGAAGUUUUUUUCUUUAAUACAUUAAAGAAUUAAAUGAUUUGAUUUAUUUCUCAUCUUGCAAAGUCUGAAUUUAUUUUGAUCUUCUGUCCGAUUAACUUACCAUUUUCCUAACAUUUGAUUUGAUCAAAGCAAUAUUCAAAUUUUGCUUGUAUGUGAUUCAGAAAACCUCGGUUGCUGUUUCAAAUUUCAUAGCAUAUAUUAAACAGCUAACUAUACAAAACCUUUUGUGAGCAAUCAUUCGAGUCUACCUAGAGGGUUACUGUAAACAAAACAAUACAUCGACCUCAGGAACACUUAAACGUGUAUAGGAACAAUUAAUUUAAGAACUUGCUGUUUGUAACCUUGUCAUUUCAAUCUUUUCACUGAUUUAUGAUCCAAAUUAGUAAUUGUAUAGCUGCAUCAUAAAAUCACAUGUUAGCAAGUUUUGUAUCAUCUCAAAACCUCCAUUGACCCAAAUUGUUUGGUGUAUUUUGAAUCAUAAAAUAAAUGUUUUUUUCUAGAUGGUUCAUGAAAGUCCUUUCAGAAUCUUUGGAGAAAAUGUAAAAAUUGUUGGUGGAGAAAAGCCCGUAGUUUUGUUUACAAGAAAUUCAAUCUCUUAAGUGGCAGUAGUUUUAUAGCAGAAUUUAAUUUGACUGAUUUAAAAAGCUCUUCUGUAUGAAAUUUAAAUAGCAAUGAUAGUGUUUUUAAGGGAUCUCCUUGUACAAACUACUACUUUUCAUCUUCAAAGUCCAGUGGUAUCCAGUUAUGUGCAAUAGCUUGAAACUGAUAAAGAUGCAUGUGACAAGACUUGUAUAUAAUAAAACUAUCGACCAUUACUGGCUGUAAAAAAAAAAAAAGAGCAUUACUGGGACCUGAUCUGGAAUUUGCUUAUGGCAGGGUUAGAUAAGUGUAGACCUGACUUGUAUUUAGAAAGUUGAUUAAAUGGGUAAUCAGAUGUUGCACAGCUCUUUAUUCUCAAGUUCUAAAUUCCUAUUUCUUCCUUCUACCCACUCUCUCCACACACACACACCCCCCCCCCCCCCCCCCCAAAAAAAAAAAUUUUUUGGGAUUUAACCUGAAACAAUGUGAAACAUUUAUAUAUUUAUUAAAUACAUAAUUAUGUCCUUAUGCAUGCAUGGGACUGUACCAGAAAAUGCUAUUAAUUUUAAAUGAGAUGAACAAGCAAAAUUCUUUUUAAUAUUUUCCUUACAGCAUUGUGCUACAUAAGUUUACAGAAACAUGAAUGAUAAUAGUAGUGAUUAUAUAGUUAACUAAUAGUUCCUUUUUAUCUGAUCAGGCUUGCAAUUUCUGAGGAUGCAAGUUAGGUGUGUUUUUCUACUACAAUUUCAACUUUGGAACUCUUUACUUGUAUAGUUGCACACUGUACCUGUGGUGCUGUCGCUUAAGCAAUGACGGCAGUAACUGAGUAAUAUACUCGAUGGAUUAUCUUUGUGAAUCUAGUUACUGAGGUAACAUUUUUAUGUCUUAAUAGCAUUUAAAAAUUGACCCUACGUUCAAAAGUUAACAAAUGAGUAGCCUAGAUCCAUUUAAGCUGAAAUUUAUUUAGCAGCAUUCAUAUACACUUGACUAGUCAAAUCAUACCAGGGACUUGCAUCAUGAUCGUUGUGCAAAUUUAUUUUACCUUGAAUUGCUGGCAGCAGUUUCAGUAAAUCCACAGGAUGUAUUGUAUCAUAAAAUACACAGGGACAGCAUAUUUUUAAUGUCAUUAACAAUUAACUAUCAGAUCUUCAGCUCUGCUUGAAUAUUUACGAAGUAAAUAGGUUUGCUAGUUGCAGGACUGAAUGUAAAGAAAUUAUGCUUACUUUUAUUACUCUGAGUUGCAAGGCUUAAAUGAAGUGUGCAUUAACCAACUGCAGGUUUUCUUUAUUGACAUUUCUCAACUAACACAAGCUAAUCUUGACAAGUGUUGUGUUUAACAGUGGGCAACACUAUGUUGCACAUGUGCCAGAGCUAAAUUUUCAGAUGGCUUAUGAUGAAACCAAAUUGAAUUGAAUGUUGCGUCACAUUCAAAAUGACACGGAAUCCCGACUGGUGAUUCUGUCACUCAUUAAUGCAAAGGAGAAAACAUUUUCAGUAUGAAAACUUUGUUGCUUUAUAGAAAUGAUGGGAUAAAACUACUGGUGUAUGGUGAUGUUUUACAGAGGGUGUUUGCUGAUUCCACAGUAAUGCACUUAAAUGUACUUGGAAAUCUGUAUUUUCUGGUAGCACCAGUAGGUGGUGUAGAACUUGAUCUAUAGCAACAUCUGGUGCUGUUAAGACUUUUAGGAAAAUAUUUUUAACCUUUUUAGAGAGACCUCCUUUACCUUUUCGUUUGAAAUAGUUAAUUGCAUUUGUAAAUUUAUACCUAAAAUAGAACAAUUGGUAUACAAAACAGAGGAGACUUUUGAACAAUCUCCAGUAUUUAAUUCUUAAUAAAGAACUAAUAUAUUAAGCAAAGCAACUUUCAAAAUGAAUUGGUUGCCUUAAGUUCUUAAAUAAUUUGGCUCUUUUCUAACGUAAGCAAAUGUCCUGAACCAUCUUAAAUCCUACAUUAUAUUAAUAUUGUUCAAAAGGAGGGAAGUGUAUUCCAUCAAGGUGAUGGCUUUAAAACUAACUUAAAAUACCAUCCAAGUUGAAUUUCAAACCAUGGUUAUCUGCAGUUUAUAUAUUAAUGGUGUGUGGAUAAUCCAGUGGAUCCUUCUCAUAUUCCAGUUAAUAGGAGCCAGGAUUUUUUUUCAUGUACAUUGCUUGUUUUGAAAAGCAAAAUAUUGUGAGACAUAAACAUUUCUGUUUGGACACAUUCCCAGGUUUGCAUCCCGGUGAACACAGGAUUUAUUAGGUUUCUAAUGCUCAGUGCUAAAGGAAUUGCAGUUGAGAGAUGUGACCUGAACAUGAAGUGUACUAUUUGGAAAUGUUAACCAGACUUGCCUAAUCAAUCCUGUAAAUUAAGUCAUGCGAUUGUGUUUCCUUCGAAGAGGCAGAGAAAACUGAGAUUGUUAACAUUCAGUAAUGUACCUCUUGUUUUAUGUUAAAUAAGAAAUACAAUUAAUAUCUUUGUAUUUUAUUGUCUCAUAAGUUAUUUUUAGAAUAUGAAUCAAAACAGAAAAAGUGCAAAGUAAAGAUUGGAAAAUUAGUUAUAUGAAGGGUGAUCUGUUUUGUGCAUGAAAUGACAGCAUACUGCAUUGCAUUGUAGUGUACAUAAUUCAGUAAUUAAAGCAUACUUUGCACUAUGUAAAAUAUCAGUAAAUUUUCCCUUCUGUAACUAAUAAAUUAUCCAGAUUAUUGAA